GCAAAGUGGCUCAGGAAUCCAGGGAUUUACUUUUCAUUUAAUCUAAUUUACAAUUAGUGUACGACAUGAAAACGCUGACUAAAGUCCUGCUAGCAAGUGCUGCUGUUGCACUGCUCGCUGUCAAGUGGACUGCACCCACUUUCAAUGCAGAAUCCCUCCGAGGUGCCAAAGUCUUGGUGACCGGCGCUAGCUCUGGCAUUGGUGAACAAAUGGCCUAUCACUAUGCCACCUUCGGGGCUCAGCUUGUUAUUACUGCCAGGAGAGAAAAAGUCUUACAGCGGGUGGUGGAAAAGUGCCUGAGCUUAGGAGCCCAGAAGGCCUUGUACGUAGCAGCGGACAUGUCCAGUAACUCAGACCCAGACAGGGUGGUUGAGUUUGCUGUGGAGCAGUUAGGAGGUCUGGACUACCUUGUUCUCAACCACAUUGGUUCUAGUCCCUUCAGCAUGUGGGAGGGAGAUGUACAGCACCUUCUGUGGCUGAUGAAGGUCAACUUCCUGAGUUAUGCUCAGAUGGCCUGGAAGGGUCUCCCUAUCCUGGAGCAAAGUAAUGGUGCUCUAGUGGUCGUUUCGUCCCUUUUAGGUAAAAUGACCAGUCCCUUUGUGGCUCCAUACACCUCAACCAAAUUUGCAUUGAAUGGCUUCUUUGAGGGUUUUCGUCAUGAGCUGACUCUGAAGAAGAGCAAUGUAUCCAUCUCCAUAUGCACACUGGGCCUCAUUGACACUGACGCAGCCAUGGAGAAAGUCAAGGGUGUCACUAACGUACCAGCCUACCCUGCCAGUGAAGCAGCAUUGAAAAUCAUCAUGACAGGAGCCACCGGAGAGCGGGAUCUCUUCUACCCUUGGUACACCUACAUUGUGACACUUACUAAGGACUUCUUCCCCUCAGUCAGCGACUAUGUAAUACAAAGCUCCUACAACUAUGUCCCAUAAAAACAACAUGAGAUGAGUGUGUACUGUGACUUGAUAUUUAAGAUGUAUUGCUAUUUUUGUGACAGACGAAAUUAGCUUUCGGCAGAAAUGUUUGCUUUGUUCCUGGAUGGUCACCACAGGCAAACAGAUCAGGUUACUAAAUAUACAGAACCUUGACCUUUUUUGUUUUUUUUGCUUGUUAUU